GCUCUUCAUAUGAAUUUUCCAAGGAAACUUUUUGACUCCUAUACUGGCGAACGCCUGUCUCAAACCCUCCAGACAAUUUCGCCCCAGUGCAAAUCUCUGUCUAAAACAAGAAUUGGGAAACCUAGUACGGUUUUCUUUUUAAUCCGUGCGCGUGCAAGUAUUUUCCCUUCACCAAGUAGGCCCGUUGCUUUCUGCAGUUGCCGCUUGGAGCGAGCUCCCUCGCGCGCGGGUCUCUGUUUCUUUCCCACCACCGAGUAAAGAGAAGAGAGCGAAGCAGAGAAGAAGAAAACACUUGAAGGUCUACAUAUUCGAUGCCAAUGAAACCCCUGCCUUCUUCUUCCUCGAGAGUCCCCGUCAAGUUCAAGAUCCCGACGGCUGACAAUUUGGUGCCGAUCCGACUGGACAUUGAAAUCGACGGCCAGCGUUACAGAGAUGCUUUCACUUGGAACCCUUCAGAUCCUGAUUCGGAGGUGGUAGUGUUUGCGAAGAGAACAGUGAAAGACUUGAAGCUUCCUCCAGCAUUCAUAACACAAAUUGCUCAGUCCAUUCAAUCUCAGUUGGCUGACUUUCGAUCAUAUGAGGGCCAGGACAUGUUCGCUGGAGAGAAAAUAGUGCCGAUUAAGCUUGAUAUGCGAGUGAAUCAUACUCUCGUAAGAGACCAGUUUUUGUGGGACUUGAACAAUUUUGAAAGUGAUCCUGAGGAGUUCGCUAGAACAUUCUGUAGAGAUAUGGAUAUUCAAGACCCAGAAGUAGGGCCAGCAAUUGCCUUUGCAAUUAGGGAACAACUGUAUGAGAUUGCUAUUCAAAAUGUCACUUCAGCCAGAGAAAGUAGAAUAAGCAAGAAGGGCCGCCGUGGUUUUGAAUAUGUUCCAGCCAGUAAAGCAGGUGGUAUCUCAUUGGACUUGGUUAAAUAUUUCGGACAAAAAAAUAGUGUCGUCCGGAAAAGAAAAGACUGGGAUGCAUUUGAGCCCAUUGUCGAUAUACUCUCGAGCGAGGAAGUAGAUGCCCUUGAAGUGAGAGAAAAGAAGAAUACUCGGUGAUGCAUUAUUGACAUUGUGCGUUCAUUAUCAAAACGAAUGCUAGAUCAUGCAUUCGAGAGGCUAUCUGUUUAUUCUUGAGUAGAGAUUUUCUCCAGUUCAAUGUGCACAGGUUAGUAAGCCCAUUCUCUGUUGGCCAAGCUCAAAACUGGAUGAAGAUCAAGUCACUGGAUGAAGAUCCAUCUAGACGAGCCAUUUCAUUGGCUUUGGACUUUUGAUCAUAUGGUCUUGCCAUUUUGGACAGAGAGCCGAAUCUACAUUCACAUUUUUCCUGCAUCGCCUGUACUCUUUAACAUCCAUAUCCAGUUUAUGUGUCUUUCUUUGAUUUUAUCCUCAAUGGUCCGCAUCUCGGCCAUGGCUAAGUCGGCAAUUGGCUUCGUGUAUAUUAGGAAGGUCGACUGUACAUAUUUAGAAGACUAGUUCAGUACUCAUUUCGAGG